AUGGGUUAUUGUUUCAUGACGGAGGCGGAGCGCGACAAAUAUAUGGCUUACAAUAACAAGUACACGAAAGUGUUCCUACCAAUACAGUGGUGCUACACAGUGGUCUACGAAGCUCGCGUCUCGGGAAAGUUGAGCUGUGAUCUGAUGAUGAACGAAUUACUCAAGAAUGUAUCGGAAUUUCGACAGAGUUUGGCAAAGCUUUGCAAUUUCGACUGGGUCCCCAUACCGCUUGUUUAUCCUCAGGUAUGCCAGUUUGAUUCCCCUAUAAAAGUACCUUCAUAA